UAAUGACGGAUGUAAGGAUAUGCACAGAUAUUGACAAGUAGUAGAUGAGAGAGAAUACAAAGAAGUACGUAUAAAGCUCAAUUAUACAACAUAAGAGACAAUAUCAAUAGUUAUUAAAUAUGAACUAACCAACUAACGACAGCUGAGACACAAGGAAGGAAGAGCUGCUGUUAUUUUGUAAUUAUUAUUAGUUCCAAUGUAUUUGGUCUAAUCUUUUUUAUAUUUUGUAUAGUAGGAUUUGUAUUCAUUGUUGAAGCUAAAGAUGGGAAAAACAGGGAAAUGGUUCAAGAGUUUUCUUGUUGGAAAGAAAGACAAAGGUGGGAAAGAUCAAAAGUGUAUUGGAAGCAAUAAUAGUAAUAGUAAUAGUAAUAAUCAGGAGUCCGUUUCGACUGAUCAUCCGAAUACUACGACUCCGGUGGUGGCGGUGGUGGUGCCGAGGCCAACGACUCCGAAAGAAAAGAAGAGAUGGAGUUUCAGAAGAUCAUCUGCUAGUAAUAAUAGUAAUAGUAAUACUAAUGCUAAUAAUAAUGUCAAGGAUCAAAAUUCUGCUAAUGCUGCUAGUGUUCAGAAAUCUGAAGUCCUGCAGGUGGGAUCAAAUUUGGCGAGUGCAGCGGAGGAUAAGCAACCGGAGGAGGUGGAAGCCGAGACUGAAGUAGUAGACGAUGUAACAGUUGAAGAUAUAGAAGGGGAAGUUGUAGUGAUUCCUAUCGAGGAGUGCGGCGAUGAUGGCAGAGAUAGCUUUGUUGAGGAGGCUGCUGCUGUCAAGAUUCAGUCGGUGUUUCGCUCGUAUCUGGCGAGGAAGGCACUGAAGGCAUUAAGGGGAUUGGUGAAGUUGCAGGCAUUGGUAAGGGGUCAUUUGGUAAGAAAGCAGGCAACUGCAACAUUGAGAUGUAUGCAAGCGCUUAUCACGGCUCAAGCACGAGCUCGAGCUCAAAGGAUCCGAUCAGGGGAAGACGGGACGGUCAUAAAUCAUAGGCAGUCUACUCACCGACGAAACGGACAAGAGAAGAUCAAGCACACGAAUUAUGACAUGGAGGAGAACAUCAAGAUAGUGGAGAUGGAUCGUGGCGACUUUAUAUCGAAUGUUAACAGCAGGGACAGCUACUCGAUUUCAAGCCAACAACAGAUUAUUGAUGAUCGAAUGGAUAAUAGAAUGACUACGUAUUAUUCUCCCCAGCAGGUAUAUCUAAAGCAGCAGGACUAUCAGCAAUACUCCCCUGCUCCUUCAGCAAUCACAGAACUGAGCCCAAGAACUUGCAGUGGCCACUUUGAGGAUUAUUCUUUCGCCACUGCACAAAGCAGCCCACAAUGCUACUCUGCAAUAUCGCGGCCAGACCCAUCAAGGACCCCGUUUUCAUUCCCUCAGCCAGAUUUUACAGAGACAAUAUCGUAUGAUUUCCCUCUCUACCCGAACUACAUGGCAAAUACUCAAUCUUCAAAAGCUAAAGUGCGGUCUCAAAGUGCACCCAAACAAAGGCCGGAGUUGGAGAGGCAGCCAAGUCGUGGGCGAAGGCCUUCAGUUGAAGGACGGAAUAUACCAAGGGGUGCAAAGAUGCAACGGUCAUCCUCACAUGUUGGGUCUAACCCACAAAAAUACAAUUAUCCGUGGUCUGUCAAGCUGGAUAAGUCGAGUGUUUCACUUAGAGAUAGUGAGUGUGGAUCCACUUGCUCGAUGGCUACCAAUGCUUACUACUGCAGAUCAGUUGUAUCUUAUGAUCCAAGAUGCUAAAGAGUUUCUAUUUUCAUGCUUAACUCAACUCGAAUGUCUGACAAUGGUUUAGUCACAGGAGUAUAGAGCAUUCAGAAGAACAAUUCUGCUCCAAGAUUGCUUGAAAUUGUUUGGAUUUAAUUGGUGAUUUUGUAAUAAUUGAUUAAUUGUAAAAGAGUGUGGUAUGUAUCGAAAUUUCUUAUUUCUAGAUUUCAGAUUGUUGAAGUUAUUUGUAUUUAACGUGUUCUUGGAUUAAUUAGUGAAAAAACAGACAAUUAUGUGCA